AUGUUUGGGAAACCAGACAAAAUGGACGUUAGAUGCCACUCGGACGCUGAGACUAACCGGGUCUCGAAGAAUGGACCUAAGGACGGGAAAGAGAGCAAGGGGGGCGAAGGGAAUAUCUCCACUUCUUUUCUGAAGGAACCUCCGGGCACUUUCUCUCCGUCUGCCGCCUCGGAAGACUGUAACAAGAGUAAAUCUAAUUCUGCCGACCCGGACUACUGCAGAAGGAUCCUGGUUCGAGAUGCCAAGGGCUCCAUUCGAGAGAUCAUCCUUCCUAAAGGCCUGGACCUGGACCGGCCAAAGAGGACCCGCACAUCAUUCACCGCUGAACAGCUAUAUCGGCUGGAGAUGGAGUUCCAGCGGUGCCAAUAUGUUGUGGGGCGGGAGCGAACCGAGUUGGCCAGGCAGCUCAACCUCUCCGAGACCCAGGUGAAGGUAUGGUUCCAGAACCGGCGCACAAAGCAGAAGAAAGACCAAGGCAAGGACUCGGAGCUGCGCUCCGUGGUGUCUGAGACGGCCGCCACUUGCAGCGUGCUCCGGCUUCUAGAGCAAGGCCGCCUGCUCUCCCCGCCGGGCCUGCCUGGCCUCCUGCCCCCUUGUGCCACGGGCGCUCUGGGUUCGGCCCUGCGAGGCCCCAGCAUCCCGGCCCUAGGCGGCAGCGGCAGCUCGGGCUCAGGCUCCAGCUCGGCCUCCGGACCGGCGGGCGGUUCCUCUCCGCACCCCCCGGCCGUGAGUAGCGCGGCGGGGCCCGCCUCGGCCUCAGGACUGCAUCCCGCCCCGGCCGCUGGCCACAGUCUCUUCAGCCUGCCUGUGCCCUCGCUCCUGGGCUCGGUCGCCAGUCGCCUCUCCUCCAACCCCUUGACAAUGGCUGGCUCAUUGGCCGGGAAUUUACAAGAACUCUCCGCCAGAUACCUGAGCUCCUCCGCCUUUGAGCCCUACUCCCGGACCAACAAUAAAGACGGGGCGGAGAAAAAAGCACUGGACUGAUUUUAAGUAUUUCCAUGUAUUUAUAUUUAUAGUAUCUAUUGUGCUUAUAUUUAUGGAAUCACACACCCAAGCCUCCCUUCCUGGGCAGUCCCCCCUUUUCCUACGCGGUCUCCAAGCAAUUCCUUUCCCUCCUUGCCUCACCCUCUCACAAAUUUAAUUUUACCAUUCUAAUUUUUUUUUCUGCCUUGCUUCUGUUUACUUCCCCCCCCCUCACCCCCAACUUCUAUCUGAAUGCAGGAAAGAUCCAAAGAUCUGGGAAACACACCCUACUUAGUCCCUUUCCUCAUCCUUCCACCCCGGGAAAGGAGCCAUCCAAAUCCAAAGGAGCAGUACUGUUGGUAGGAUUAGUGGGGAGAAGGCUGAGCGUGCAGCCUCCCGCCGACCCCGCAGCCUCCCGCCUAGGGUGGAACAUUUACAAGGGUUUCCUAGAGCCCAGAGUUCCCGCAAGUAAGGAAUAGGAAACUCCCACUGUCUGAGUGAGCCAUACAGGAAGUGAAUUUCAAAACGCUCGGCAGUCACUAGGCCUUACAGAUUUCUCUAGAAAGCCAGGGACCCUGCCCAAGUUUCCCACAGAACAAGGAAGAAUCGCAUCUGCCCCCCCACCCCCUCCACUUUAGGGAAUCUGUGGAUAGGACAGGCAAGAGAGUUGCCUAAAAUCAUCCUCUAACGACCACCUCCACAAUACUAACAACGACGAUGAUGAUAGUGAUACUAAUGAUAGGGAGAAUAAUAAGAAUGGAUUAUUGCUAAGCAAUUAAAAAUGAAUCCUAACCAUAUUCCAAGACUAGAUGCAACUUAACUAUUUUUAAAAAAUGAUCAUUCUGAGUCUGGAAGGUAAAACCUUUAAAAAGUGUUCCAAAACACAAUUUUUUAGGCAGAGUAGGAUAAAUGGAGCUGUGAGUUUGAAAAUAAAUUCGACAGGGAUGAGCAAAGAAAAGGCAACGAUUUAUUUUCUAAGAAAUUCUCAACCAGCUUCCCUCUCCACCCCCAAAUCCCCAGCUCCAAGUCUUCCAACAGAAGCAGUCUAGAUUCCUCAUUGAGGAGCAUCUAUUGAAAAGACACCCUUAGAAGCCCCAGCAGACCAAAUGUUAAUCACGGAGGAGACACUUUUUUUUUAAAGGAUCUAUCGUUGGUUUGGAAAUGGAGCGGCAAUAGCCACUCCCAUUGGCACCGCAGACUAUGAGCCUUUCCAUUUUCAUAAGAAAGUGAGAUAAAAUAUAAUUCCUUCUUUUUUUCCUUGCCUUUGUUUCACGAAGUACCCGUAGCUUUAAAUUCUAGGAAAACAAACACGGCCCGUUACUUCAACAUCUGAGAAAGUUGGACAGUUCUGCUACUUCUCCCUGAUCCUUCAGAAAUCUUCUCAAUUGGGAGAACUACCCCAUCUUUACUUACGAUGAUGAAGAUGAUGAUGAACAAGAGGGAAGAACUUGUGAUAGUCAACGUAAGAAAAAGAAAAGACUUCUCCCCACCCUUGCACCCCCAUGCUCAUGAAAUCUCUUUUUGAAGGGUCAGAAGGUAGCUAGAACUUAGUUCUAGGCGGAGACAGGGACGGCAAUCUCCCCUCUAACCAAGCAUUUACAAACUGUGCACCUCAGUCCAUGCCACCCAUUUCUUUGACCAAAACAACCAACAGACAAAACCCUGAGAUACUUUAUUGUCUAGAGUGUAUUAGAGUCCAUCUCAAGAGUGCCCAGAACAAAUUUUUGAAAAUAGUAAUUUUAUUGUAAAUUAUUUACGUCGGGAUUUUUUUUUGCUCUGU